UGUGUGGGUGGAGACACUGGGGCUAUAAAUGACCACAGAGUCCAGAAAAGGUGUGUUCUACCACAGACUGAAGCUCAUGAGUAGGGUCUACCUGGGACUGGAGCAAACAGCAGACUACAUCACAGUCUACACACAAUCUUCAGCCCACUAUUGUGUCUCAGCCAUUGGAAAUGGAAAGCAUGCAGGAGUUGAUCCCCUUCGCCAAAGAGCUGCUGAGUCAGAAACCCAGCCGUGGUUUGCUGAAGGUCUACCUGGUGGGUUCCGUGUUUGCAGCGUUGGGGACAGUCAUUGGCCUGGUCGAGACUGUGUGUCACCCUUUCUUCCCCGAUGAGCCCAUGGACGCAGAGAUGCUCCUCAUGUUGGCCCGGGAGCAGAGGACUGUUGAGGCCCAGAUACAGCGCAAUGCGGCCGGCCAGGACGAGGAGGAGGAGGAGGAGGAUCAGCUGACUCAUGACAAUGAGGCCACGACUCGGAGCACCAACCUCCACAAGACCCAUACACUAAGCCAACGGAGCGUGACCAACCGGCUGCAUGCUUCCUAAAGCCAGAGGGGUUAAUCCUAAGUGACUGGAGAUAUUUAUUAGGGAAGUGCUCCUGCUACAGCACUGAGUUGGCCAACACAUACAUAAUCUUAAGCUGAAGUGUCGGAGCUGCCUGCCAUUCUCUUCUGCUUAUUAAUGAUGCCUAAAGGUGCUGUCGGAAAUGUGUCUUAGUAUGCCUUCGAGUAUGAAUUGAGACUUUUUGACAGGCCAAACUACUGUCGUGAGAUCAUGGAAAACAUGUCAAUAAUACAGUAUGUGGUAUAAGUGAAGUGUACAAUAACUCCUCUUAAAUGACAGACCUGUUGGAAAAUGGAUAAAUGCAAGUCAUAGACAGUUGUGUAUAUUUAAGUAAAUCUGAAACACUUCUCCCAUGAUAAUCUUUCUUUACCAAACAGUGGUCUGGAGGUUAAUUUGACUCUAGCCAGUCUUACAAGAUGAUUGAGCCCUGAAAUAAAUAAAACACCCAUUAUUUGUGCUACAUAAAACCCUCCAUUCUCAUUUUGCUGCUGAAACACAAUGUUUGGUUUCUAACAGAAAAAAGGGAAACAGCAGACAGACAAAACUACUUUCAACAAGGUCCAUUUUGUUGAUAUUUUACUUUGGCGGUUGAAGUUUAUGAGGAGUCCACAGUCUGUCCAGCUGUAAGCUGCUGUGUAGCACCGCCUGCUGUCUGCUGGAUGUAUCUCAUCUGCUAAUCCACCCAUGAACUGGGUACAAUGAGAGGAACCUUUGUUGUACAUAUUAUGCUAUGUGCAAAUACUGUAAAUAUA